AUGUCGGCGGCAAUGCCCGCGCUUCAGCGAGGCGCAUUGACACGGGACCGGCCCAGCCAAAGCCCCACCUGCUUCACCGCAUCGACGAACGACGCUUCUUCAAGCGACCAGCCUCUCGUCAAUCAUCCUCCUGCCUCGGCGAUCUAUUUAACGCGCACGCACGUCGCUGCGCGACGUUUGCAUUUCCAUCUGCUGUCGGCGACUCUAAAUCGGUCGCUAUCACAGCGGCCGUCCGUUUCUUCGCUUGUCAACGCACGUAUCAUUCCUAGGGAUUGCUGCCGCCGUGAUCAUGUGAGCGGACUCAUUGUUACGCAAUCUGGACUGUUCGAACGCAAGCGCAAACUCGAACUCGAAAAGUUCAAAGAAGGUCUGCGAGUGUGGCUUGAAAAGAAGGCUCGGGCCAUCAAGAAGCAUAAAUCGCACGUUGGUGGUGUUGGCAUCCUCGUGUGGAGGUUCACAAAAAGAAGCAAAGGCACCAACUUCUCAUUUACGGAAACUUCUUCGGCUUCUCAGCAAGGCACUCAAACCGAUCAUGUCUCGAACCUCCGGCGUUUCUGGGAAGAUGUAGGAGUUGAGGGAAUCCCUGUCCGAACUCGCUGAUGCUUCUAUGCAACUGAGAUGUGACAAAGGUUGUUUCGUCAAGACGCUACCGGAAGAGUGAAGUGUGCAGCUGAAUGAGGUGGACAACGAGAGGGACCGCCUACAAUCUUCUUGGCAACCAGCUCACUCUUAAUGAAGCUCAAAAACCUUCGUCUUUUCCAUCCUCUUGUCAAAUAAGGAAGUCAUUGAAGGAUAGAGAUCGGAAGUCCCACUCAAAACUCUUCGGAUUCAGGUGUAAAGUAGACCACCGCGAUGUAGCUUCGGCCGUAACGGCUUGGCCAAGAUACUUCUGUGCUACGAACACAUGAUGCAUGUUUGAUGUCCCAAUAAAUCUGUGCGCCAUCGAAACAAUCCAUGACAGUGAGUGCAUGGUUAUAAGAGAAAGACGAGACCUUCUCCAGAUUCUGCUAAGCUGGAUGCGAAU